GCCACAUGUCAACCGGCAUUGUCUCGUCGUUUGCUGCAGUUUCCCGCUGUUCUGUUUUUACGACCGUUCGAGGUGAUACUGGUUACUGGUGACUGAUAUUAACAGAUAUUCGACGAGAUGGAUGACGAUUUGCCGUAUAUGGUAGAGUACGCGAAAAGCGAUCGCUCGAAGUGUCAAUCAUGCAAGCAAUCAAUUAUGAAGACGAGUUUAAGACUCGCCACCGUUGUUCAGAGUCCUGUUCACGAUGGAAAGAUACCUAGAUGGUAUCACUUCAAAUGCUUCUUCUUAAAACAAAGACCAAGUUCCACUAAUGACAUAGCUUGUUUCGAUCAGAUUCGCAAUCAAGAUCAAGAUGCAAUUCGAAAGAAAAUUGAAGAAUGUCGUAAUGUACCUUCUGCAUCAAAAGGAAGAAAAAGAACAAAAGGUAGUGCUUCUGGAGAUUUUAGAGUAGAAUAUGCUAAGUCUAGCAGAGCCACUUGUAUAGGAUGCCAAGAAAAGAUAAUAAAAGGUGAAACAAGAAUAGCAAAGAAAGAUUAUGAGAGCGAAGAAGCUAGGAAGUUUGGUGGUUUAGACAGAUGGCUUCAUGUGGAAUGUUUCGUGAAACUAAGAGCGGAUAUGGGAUAUUACGGAAGAGGAGAUGAGCUUCCAGGUGCCGAACAACUCUCAAAAGAAGAUCGGGCAAAUCUCAAAACUUCAUUACCUAAAAUGAAUCAAGGCGAUAUACCACCACCUCCUAAAAAGGUUAAGGAUGAACCAGAAGAUGCAGAGGAAACAAAGUUGAUAAAAAAACAAAAUGAUGAGCUAUAUGCUAUAAAAGAUAAAAUAUCACAUCUUGGAAAGAAAGAAAUGAUUGAAUUAUUGGAAGAAAAUGAUCAAAGGAUUCCAAGUGGUACAUCAAAUAUCAUAAGUCUCUUAACUGAUAUACUAUAUUUUGGAGCUCUACAACCCUGUCCAAAAUGUAAUGGACAGCUCGUAUACAAUUCUGGUUUGGGUUAUAAAUGCACCGGCAAUGCAACAGAAUGGAGUAAAUGCGAAUAUGUUACACAAAAUCCAAAAAGAAAACUAUGCAAAAUACCAAUCGAUAUGGAGACAUUUCCAAUUAAAUCAUACAAAUCUAAGAUAAGAAAACGAAUAUUUCAAAUAACAAUGCCGUCUUCGUCGAGUGCUGUUAAAAAAGAGGAAGAUGAAGCAGAUGGACCGAAAAUACAAGGAAAACCACGCCCUUUAAAGAACAUGCAGUUUGUUAUAUUAGGUCGUACACAGAAAGAUAAAGAGGAAUUAAAAAAGGAAAUUUUAUUGUUAGGUGGUACUGUUGUAACAAAAAUCCAUCAAGAUUUGGCUGCUGUAAUUUCGAAUCAAAAUGAAGUGGAUAAAAUGAAUAAAAGAAUGGAAGAUGUUAAAUUACACGACAUUCAAGUAAUAACGGAAGAUUUUAUAGAAGAAGCAAAAGAGUACACAGAUUCUCCCAUCAUGCUGCUAAAGAAGAAAACUAUUUCUAGCUGGGGUGGCGAUAUUAAUGCUAGACUUUCUAAUGUUAUCGCAAAAUCUGCUUCUAAGAGUAAGAGCAAAUUUGAGAAGUCGGGUUCUGGUAAAAUGAAGGUAAAAGUGAAAGGCGGUGGAGCUGUCGAUCCCGAUAGCGGUUUAGAAGAUGUUGCGCAUAUUUAUCAAAAAGGCAAAGAUAAAUAUACCGUCACGUUAGGUCUAACAAACAUACAAUCAAAGAAAAAUAGUUAUUACAAGCUGCAAAUUUUGAAACAUGACAAGCAUGAAAGAUAUCACUUGUUUAGAAGUUGGGGCCGGAUUGGUACUACAAUUGGCGGUGACAAAUUGGAUAGAAUGUCUUUGGAAGAAUGUAUAGAACAGUUUGAAUCGUUGUAUGAGGAGAAGACGGGUAAUCAAUGGAAGAAUAGAGAGCAUUUUGUCAAAGUACCGAACUUGAUGUAUCCGAUCGAUAUAGAUCAUGGGGAUCAGGAGAUUGUUUCCCUAGAUUCAGAUAUUAAGAGUAAUUUGCAGAAACCAAUUCAGGAUCUGAUACGUCUUAUUUUUGACGUAAAUGAGAUGAAAAAAGUUAUGCUGGAGUUUGAGAUAGACCUGGAUAAGAUGCCGCUCGGAAAAUUGUCUAAGAAACAAAUUGAAAAAGCUUAUGUCGUUUUAACGGAGUUGCAAGAAGUGUUAAAGGUAAUGACUGAUGACGUAGAUCGUACUACAUUGGUUGAUGCUUCCAAUAGAUUCUAUACACUGAUACCACAUAAUUUUGGAGUUUCCGGGCCAAAAAUUCUUGGAUCAUUGGAAGAAAUCAAGACCAAGUGCGAUAUGCUGGAUGCACUGCUUGAGAUGGAAGUUGGAUACAAUCUUUUAUGUGAUAAGACUAAUGAAAAGGAGAAUCCACUCGAUAGUCAUUAUAAACAGUUGAAGACUGACAUCGAAGUGAUGGAUAAGACGAGCGAAGAGUUCAAGAUGAUCGAGAAGUACGUCAAGAAUACUCAUGCGGCUACUCAUAAGCAGUACGAACUCGAAAUCAAGGAAGUGUUUAUUAUUAAGAGACAAGGAGAAGAACAGAGGUUUAAGCCUUUCAAGAAAUUGCCCAACAGAAAGUUACUCUGGCACGGAUCCAGAACUACGAAUUACGCAGGAAUACUGUCUCAAGGUUUGCGUAUCGCACCGCCAGAAGCGCCCGUUACUGGUUACAUGUUCGGCAAAGGUAUAUAUUUCGCCGAUAUGGUAUCGAAGUCUGCAAAUUAUUGUUGCACACACAGCCAGAAUCCAACUGGUUUGUUGCUGCUUUGCGAAGUUGCUUUGGGUAAUAUGUACGAGAAAUAUCAAGCGGACUACAUCGAGAAGCUACCGAAAGGAAAACAUUCGACGUUGGGUCGUGGCCAGACGCAACCUGAUCCGCAAACUGUCUACAAGACCAAGGACGGCAUUGAAGUACCUUAUGGAAAGGGAGUACCUGCUAAACUUAAUAACACUUCGGCAUUAUUAUACAAUGAAUACAUCGUAUAUGAUAUCGCUCAGUUGUAGAGGAAGGAUAUCGUAACCUUGAACCGCAUACUCCUGUUUUAUAAAAUCUGAAGUCAGUCACACUACGUACAUAUAGUUCCGAAGAAUCACUCGACCAGGACGGACGCGUUUCGAUUCAGGUGUUACAAGUUUACGUAUUUUUAAGUGUUGUUGACUUUGACUGAGCAUUGAACCUCUCGCAGCUAUCCCGCGAUUUUGGACGAUUCGUUUGUUCGUCCUGACGACGCCAUAAAUGCAGGCGCCCAGUGUCUGUGCGGGCAUUUUCGUGGGCAUUGCAUCAUUUUUUCUCGCUUUUGUGUGCGAGAAAAGACUGGCCAGAAACUUGGCUAGUCUUCUUCUUCUUCUUCCAAUAGAUACAAAAGCUCAUACAAAAGCGAGAAAAGACUAGUCAGAAACUUGGCCAGUCAGAAGAAAAAGACUGGCCAAGUUUACCUCGUCAACGAGGACUAGGGCCAUUAAUUAUCAAAGAAGAAGAGUCAUACUACGUAUUGGAGAUCGAGGACUGGGAAUUGAAAAUUGUAAUUCAUAUAAUUUAUAAUGAAACGGAUUAAAAUUAAAAUUAUUGAACUGGUUGACUUCCUAUCUCUAACUCGCAGUCUCUAUCCUCAGUCUCUAAUGCGUAGUGUAACAUGGAUUUAAUGCUUGUACAAGUACACUUUAGCAAAUACAAAUUAACAAAACAUAACUGUUAUCCCACAAACACAAUAGAGUAAUAAACUUUAAGCCUUUGGAAUUGAUCAAUCGUAGUCGAUUACUUUCACAUUCAACUGUGAUUGAUCAAUUUCUUAAAGCUUAAGGCUUACUAAGUACUCUGUUAUGUUUGCGCGGACUUAAUCAUAUUUUUUCACACAACGGUUUAACUAUAAUGACUGCGUUCAGCAAAGACAAAUGAUCAGUUAGUG